AGAACAAACAAGAAAGUUUAGAAAACUUUUAUUAGCUCUUUUUUCCCUUUAAAGCAGCAGCCCCCCGGGGCACAGAGCCGGGCCUGCCAGCCAGCACAUGCAAGAGCCAGGCGCGAGGCAGGCCUGGCCCUGCCGAGAGGGGGCGAGUGCCGUGUUCUUCCCACCUGGUCGGACUGGGCUGCCCGGCAAGGCACCACGGAGCAAAGCAGCUGGGGGAAGGACUGGUGCCUGCAGGAAUGGCGAGGCUGGCUACCUCUACCCCUCCCCAGGGCCUGGGGGCUCUCAGUGCUCCCUACUGGAGAGGGACCAAUGGCCCCUUGGGAAGCCUGUUUGCCCCACAGUGGGGGGCUGUCUCUGCCUCCCCCCCACAACCUGUCUCUGCCUCUGCCUCCUACUGUCUCCCCAGCUCUGCGCCACUCAUCACUCACACCUCCAAUGGGGGGUGGGGGAAUUAAAUAAGAUUAAAAUAAUAAUAAAGGCCCAACGCUGCCGGGAGUUUGCAAUGUCCUGCCAACCUCCCCCGCCCCCCCAUGGGUCCCUUCCCCAUCCCUGUCGCAACUUCCCCAGUUCUCGGCUCCGCCACACCUGCUCCCCCCUUCUGGUACCAGGCCCCGCAUCCAGUCCUAUCGUCCUUUUGCCCCCCCCCUACAACAUCCCCCCACGCUCACUAUGGGGGGGGGAGCCUUCCAGCCCCCACAAGGCACCGUCUUCACCCUGCACGGAUUUCCUGGGGGUGUCCCUGGAAGGUGCUUGCUCUCUGGUGCCCGCUAGGGGACAGACUUUGCACAGCAGCUUAGGAGCAUGCUGCUGCCGGCCAGUUAGGCAAGCUGGCCCUUUGCCUCAGUUAGCAAGCGUGCCGGCUUCGGGCUCCAGGGGUCCCAGGUUUGGUCUCAGCCAAUGGCCGGGGGAGGGCGAACCACCCUCCUUUCUCCUUUACUGGGCAAGCUCGCUACCUGGAUCCCCCUCCUCCUCCCGGCACCUCCAGGCCUGGCAUCUCAGAGCCCGGCACCUCCAGAUCUGGCAGCUAAGAGCCCAGCUGGGCCUGGCAGCUCAGCAGCUGUGAGUCCUGGCACCUCCGAGCCUGGCAUCUCAGAGCCCGGCACCUUCAGACCUGGCAGCUCAGAGCCCAGCACCUCCGAGCCUGGCAUCUCAGAGCCCAGCACCUUCAGACCUGGCAUCUCAGAGCCCGGCACCUUCAGACCUGGCAGCUCAGAGCCCGGCACCUCCGGGCCUGGCAGCUCAGAGCCCGGCACCUCCAGGUUUGCCACGUCCGUUAUGAAAGUAAAACAAUUGCCUGAGCCCAGCAGCUCUCUUGUUACAAAUUAAGCAGCGAGGCCGGGCGCAGGGAUCACUCGCCAAUUUCCUGAUUCUGUUCUUUUCCUGGUUCUGUUCGUUUCCUCAGAGGCAUCUGGCAGGACACUGGGCAAGAUGGACCAUUGGGCUGAGCCAGCCUGGCUGUUCUUAUCUACCGGCCGCCCCUUCCACCUGGGAGUGUGGGACAUCCCCCGCUUCCCAGGGCUAGCGUGUUCUCUAUCAAUCCCGCGCCUGGCCUUGGCUCAGAGCUGGCGUCAGCAGGCCGGGAGAGGGGCCGGCCGGCCAAGGUUUGAUGUGGAAGAACGUCUGCGUCCGAGGCUGGAGGCGGGGGCUAGAUGGCCGCUGCGGUGACAGGAAGAGACCCAAGGGACCUGGGGGGAGCCCACAGCCAGACGACCUAACCGCCCCCCUACCCAAAAGAACACCACCACAAGAAUAUU